AUGUCAUUUGAAACAGAAUACAAGAUCGAAGAUGUUGCUGCAACAUCAGUGGCAUCGAACAAUAUUGAUGCUACUUUCCGCUCAACCUGUAUUGAUCUGAUAUCCGGAACUCUUGGUGGAAAAGUCCUUUCCUUUUCAGAUGAAUGGUUUGCGGAAGCAAAUAAUCUUCUUACUCCUACACCACCCAUCAGACAACCAGGAAAGAUGGUAUACACUGGUGCCUGGUACGAUGGAUGGGAGACUCGCCGACACAAUACUGCGCCUUUUGAUUACGUUGUAAUUCGUCUCGGGGUUGCUUCCGGAACAAUCGAGGGAAUUGAAGUUGACACAGCCUUCUUCUCUGGAAAUCAUGCACCUGCCAUUUCUGUUGAGGGUGUACUUAGUGACAACGAUGAAGAAGUUGUUGGAUGGAAAGGUGAUCGCGGAAAAUGGGAAACAAUUCUUGGUUUGCAAGAAUGUGGCCCUUCGCAGCGAUUUGGCUGGAAGCUUGAUAUUCCAACUACAAAAGCAUACACUCACGUGAGGCUUAAUAUGUAUCCGGAUGGUGGAAUUGCUCGGUUUAGGCUCUUUGGUCACGCUAUACCUGUUUUCCCGGAAGAUAGGAAUGCCAUCUUUGAUUUGGCUGCCGCUCAAAAUGGAGGAGUUGCUAUUUCUUGUAGUGACCAGCAUUUUGGAGUGAUUGCAAACCUCAUUUUACCUGGACGUGGGAAGGAUAUGGGAGAUGGGUGGGAAACAUCAAGAUCAAGAGGAAAAGAUCAUGUGGAUUGGGCCAUUAUCCGACUAGGAGCACCAGGCACCAUUGAAAACCUGAUUGUUGAUACAGCAUUCUUCAGGGGUAACUUUCCACAAAAAGUGAAGGUUGAAGCUAUUAGCUGGAAUGCCGAAGCAGAGCCUGGUGCCUUGGCUGAAGGAUGGACUACAGUUGUUGAGCCCAGUAAGACAAGUGCUGACAAGGAGCAUGAAUUCGAGUCCUUGUUAAAAGAUAAACCAUUUACUCAUGUUAAGUUGAUCAUGAUACCUGAUGGAGGAGUGAAGCGAAUUAGGCACACAAAAAUUAAUCCAUUCGAUAAGUACUCAACAGAUGUUUUGUUGGUUAUAUGCAGUCUUCCUGCUGUUGUGAUGGACAUCGGGGACAAUAAUGGAGAUAUCGGUGGUUUUGGAGAUGGUUUUAGGGAAGAAACAGUAAAACCACGAUCACUACCUGAUGAUUUACCCAAGUCACUUGAUGAUCGAAAGAAUGUAUCUGCAGAGUAUGCACCUGAGACUGAGAUGUAUGAUGCAUGGCAAGGACAAUCGCAAUUCCUAACAACUCCUGUCUUGGCCAAACCACUGGAAUUUAAGAACCUUUCACUCGGAAACGAAGGCUUCGAUGACGAUAUUACAAAACAAAAUACAGGGGAUAGUGAUAACAGGCUCAUGGAGAUGCUAGCCGCUCAGGCAGCACAUCGAGAUGGCUCAGCUAGUGAGGACGAAGAUGCUGUCGCUACCGAUGAUAAGCUUUCGCUGGAAGAGAAGAAAGAUAUAUUACAGAAGGCUCUGAAUAUGGCUGCAAGUAAUGGGGAUGUUGAUCGCAUAGAGAGAAUCCUCCAAGGUAAAGCAAAAGACCUUGUAGAUGUGGAUGCGCCGGAUGAAGAAGGUACAGCGCCGAUAAUAUACGCAAGUUGUUUUGGCCAUGAAGCUGUGGUAACAGCACUACUGGAUGCUGGUGCUGAUGUCGACAAACAAGAUCGAAAUCAGUGGAGCGCCUUGAUGUGGGCAAUGACAAAUCGACACAAGGGCAUAGCGAAGGCACUUCUAGAUAGGGGUGCAUCUAGGGACAUUAAAUCAUCAACAGGGAGGACGGCAUUCGACUUCAUUGCUCCAGACAGCGAAAUUGCCGAUUACCUUCAGGAUGGUGGAUAUCAUAUUGGCAAUGCUGGAGUCACGGACGAUUUUUACAACCCUGGAUUCUCUCAGGAUCGAUUCGAGGAAGAAAUGGCCGAAAACGAGAUGAGGCGGCGAAUGAUGAUGGAGAGUGCUAGAGAUCUCGAGGUUGAUUUGGGUAACAUGGGUAUUGACGAUCAGCCUGAAUCACCAGAAGAGUUGGAAGAAGAGGGACAGGAUUUCGACUGGAGUCGAUGUUUACAUGACCAAAUGUUUGUGUUUCAGGAGAGUGAACUUGGUCGAAUCUUGGAUAUCAUUAUCACUAAUAUGUCCCCUCAACGAUCGCCAUCUCAGAAACCUGUACCAGCGAACAUGAUAUUUCUCAGUGCGCGAUAUGCUCACUAUCAUGCAAGUCAUGAUCUCCUGGCUAAACUCCUCAUAAGCGCUAUGGAUAAGAUUAACGAUGUGGUCGAAACACAUCAGUGGGAUAUGACAAUCCUGGCAUUCUGGAUCUCGAAUGCUACAUUGCUAUUACACUAUUUGAAAAAGGAUGCUGGACUAUCUGAGUCCACGUCAGAGUUCCAACUCCAACUUGCGGAAUUGAUCAAUGAAAUUUUCAUCUUAAUUAUUCGGGAUGCUGAAAGGAGAAUGGAUAAGGUUCUUGACUCUGCAAUGUUAGAGCAUGAAACUAUUCCAGGAUUUGAGGAUGUCACAUUUCAGAACGAAUGGAAGCUUUUCAAAAGAAAAGCUACUGUCAAAGAAGUACCCAUCGAAAAACGAUUUCGACCGCCCUCCCCAAAGGCGAGGGCUAAGCCAUCACCCCGCAACGUCACAUCGUUAUUAUCUUCUACUUUGUUUGUGUUGGAUCUUUAUGACAUACAUUCUGUCAUUACUUCUCAAAUCCUGGCACAGCUACUUUACUGGCUUGGAGCCGAACUUUUUAAUCGCAUCAUGUCUAAUCGAAAGUACCUAGCACGAACCAAAGCAAUGCAAAUACGCAUGAAUGUAUCAAGCCUUGAAGAAUGGGCACGAACGAACAAUCGACAACCUGAGCAUUAUGAGCAUGGUUCAAUGACUUCCAGCGGAGAAAUGACGAUUGAGGCAACGCGGCGACAUCUCGCACCAUUAGUUCAAUUGCUACAGUGGUUACAAUGCUUCUCGUCUUUGGGACAAGACGAUUUAGAAGCUCUAGUUGGGACAUUACAGCAGCUCACACGACUUACACCCCAGCAACUAAUACACUCGGUGAAACAUUAUCGAGCAGAAGUUGGAGAAAAGGGGUUGCCAAAAAGUGCCAUGAAAUAUAUAAUCAAUUUACAAGAGGAACAUAGAUUACGAAAAGAGCGUCAAAAAAGAAACUCACAAGGUCUACGCAUGAGUGCACCAUCGACGCCGGCCAAAGGGGGAGGUAAACAAUUACCCGAUACCCCUGACUCGAAUGGCAAAGGUGGAAAACCUCAAUCUCUCGAUGAUGAAUCGUUUGAGGAAGAAGACGAUGCACCCGAGAACCUUCUUUUAGACCCAGCUCUCAUGCUUCCUUUCUCUCUACCUUCUAGCACAGAUAUGUUAAUAAGUUACGGGGCAGGAUUUGGCGGUAUGAAUCGAGAGAGAGAACGAAAAUAUAUUCCUACCGUUCCUCCGGAAUUCCUCGCGAAACUUGAUCUCAGUGGUGGGAGAGCACAAUCCACAUAUCACGAGCGAGAUUGGGAAAAUGAGGAACUAUGA